CAUGUCUACAGUGUUGGUAGCGGCCCUCAUUCUCUGCGGCAUCCUGCAGGUUGUGUACUGCCAGGAUAACACCUCCGAUACGCCCACGGACUACUGUCAGAGUGGUUUAUGUCACUUUACGAAAAAGCAUAUUGCCUGCAGGAACAAAGGAGAGUUUAGCAAACAGUGUCCUGCCGGAGCCGAGUUGGUAAAUCUUAGUGGUCUGCAUGAUCUGAUCCUGAACGAGCACAAUGCCUUGCGAAAUGUCCUUGCUGCUGGCAAAGCCUCGAAUUUACCUCAACCCGAUCGCAUGGCCACACUGCAGUGGCAUUCCGAACUGGAGGAUCUGGCCACACUGAAUGUGAAGCAGUGCAUUUUGAAGUAUGAUCCUUGCCACAAUACCCCUGAUUUUCGUAACUCUGGCCAAAAUCUGGCACUGGUAGAUCUAAACUUGCUAAAGGGAGAAGGAAAUCACUCGGAUGAAUGUCUGAUAAAAGAGUCCAUUGGAGGUUGGUGGAAUCAGAGUGCCCAUAUUACAAAGGAGCAAAUGCAUCGUUUUCCCAAGGGAAAAUUGGCUGAAUCCAUUGCCAACUUUGCUGUUAUGGCCCGUGACAACAACACUUUCGUGGGCUGUGCCGCCUUGAAAUUCGAGAAGCCCGUGGGCAGUCCUCAAUUUCUGCUGGCCUGCAAUUACGCCAGCAAUUAUAUCCCCGACUGGCCUGUUUACCGGGAGAAAGCCAUCGGCUGCCAGUCGGGCUCUGACCCCAAAUAUCCAUCCCUUUGCAAGGCUGGUGAGAAAUACCAGGAGCAGCCGAUGGAGGAGGGCAAUAAGGUGAAAACUUUUUGGAGGCUGUAGUAGUGCUAAAAAUAACACUCUGCCAAAGGGUUGGAGUGGGCGUAGGAGCACUCACAGUCUAUUUAACAUGUUGAUUUGUGGCACAGUGCGUGGCGGUCAUAUAUCAUCUCACAGCAGCCGCAUUAGCACAGACACCUGAAAAAGCAGUGAUGGCAUUAUAUGAAGUACCAAAAAAGCCGAAA